AUGCCCAAUCUUACAUCUCGAUCAUUGACGUCAAUACCGACGUCUUCCACGGUGUCGAACGAAACGUUGCGUGAGAUUGCGGCAUCAACACUGGCCAAAGUCGAGGCGGGUUCAUAUGAGGCUGAGGAUGGGGCGGUCUACGAUCUUAAGGAAAGCGUCAAUUACAUGAAAGAACACACGACCUUCUACCCUCCAAAUUCUGACCUGGGCGAUUGGGCUGGUGUCACUCCAAGCACCACAACGGCAGUCACCCAGAUAUUGCUGGCGGAAUGCUCAACAUUGGAAGGAACACGAAAUCUUUACGAAUCCUUGCUUUUGGAUCCCUCUGAGAACAAGAGAAUUGGUGUUCUCAAUUUUGCCUCAGCUAAGAACGCUGGUGGAGGCUUCAUUAGGGGAGCUCAAGCUCAGGAAGAAUCGAUUGCUCGGUCAUCUUCGCUGUAUCCCAGCUUGAUAAAUGAGGAAGGGGCUAAAUUCUAUCGAAUCCACAACAAGGACCCUCGGGAAGGUUAUUACAGUCACGCUAUGAUUUAUUCUCCCAGAGUCGUCUUCUUCCGCGACGAUCUGGGAAAUUGGAAAAGUCCAAUCGAGGUGGACAUCGUGACUAGUCCCGCCGUCAACGCUGGUGUUGUCCGCCGAUAUUUGCGUGAAAUUGGGAGUGCGGACGAGAGUAAAUUGGAUGCGGCGAUGAAGGAGCGGAUGGCGAGGAUUCUCUACCUCUUCGAGAAACAAGGGAUGAGGAACCUGGUUCUUGGAAGCUUUGGAACUGGUGUUUUCAGAAACAGGGUUGAACUCGUCGCCAGUAUCUGGACCGAGCUUUUAAUCGGGGAGGGUGCCCGAUUUAAACACUCGUUUGAUCAUGUGAUCUUUGCGAUAUUAGGCCACCAGACUUUCAAGACUUUCGAGACGAUCUUCGGCGAGGCAUCCGCAGUAAAGGUGGAUGCGGUGAUAGGGUGA